AUGACGCCAGGAAGACCGUUGAGUAGCCCACCGCACCUCCUGCCUUCCGUCGAGAAUUUCAUCGAGACGUCCAUCGAGAAGACCAUCAAGAAGUCCAUCAAGAAGACCUUCGAGAAGUCCAUCGAGAAGUCCAUCAGGAAGCCCAUCGAGAAGUCCAUCGAGAAGUCCAUCGACAAGACCAUGGAGAACACCACAGCGGAUCUCGAUGACAAGAAGUCUAUCGAGAAUUUCAACGAUAGAUCUAUCGAUAAUUCCAUCAAGAAGUCCAUCAAGAAGACCUUCGAGAAGUCCAUCGAGAAACCUAUCGAGAAGUCCGUCGAGAAGCCCACCGACAAGACCAUGGAGAAGACCAGCGCGGAUCUCGAUGACAAGAAGUCCAUCGAUAAUUCUAUUGGGGCGUCCAUUGAGAAGUCCGUCACGAAGUUCAUCGAGAAGUCCAUCAAGAAGUCCAUCGACAAGCCCAUCGACGAGGCCACCGAGGGUUCGAUCGGCGAUAACGAUUCAACCGCGAUCUCCACUGCGGAGUGCAACAUCGAGAAGUAGCACCCGAUUGAAUAACCCGAGAAGACCAUUGACCCCGUCGAGGCAAGUAUCGAGGAGUUCACCGAGGCAUCGAUCAAGGAGUCGGCCGAGGUAUCGAUUGAGGAGUCCGUCGAGGAGGAGUCAAUCGAGGAGUCGAGC